GCCAUAUGCCUGAAGGCUUCCAACGUAAAUUUUGAGGUUUUCUGGACAAUUUAUUACGAAAAUACGGACACCUUGGAAAACCAUUAUGAAGAUGAUUGUACAAGAGGAAUCAUCCCCCUCAUCAUCGGAUGAAAACGACAUGGGGCGAAGGCCUGCCAGAUCCACAGCGAGUCCACAUCAACAUAGGAGCAAGGAAAGCUCUGGAACUAGGUCCAGAAUGUCCCAAUCAAAAAAGAAACAUUUUCCAGAAAGGAGGGAAACAUCUGAGGAACACAGUGACCAUACAAGUAGCCCAAGUCCACAUCAACAUAGGAGCAAGGAAAGCUCAGGCACUGUGUCCAAAAAGUCCCAAUCAAAAAAGAAACAUGUUCCAGAAAGAAGGGAAACAUCUGAGGAACACAGUGACAAGAGAUGA